AAUCUAAUCUGAGUUUGAGAAUCAUAAAUAAACAGCCGUCUUUAUAAUUUCCGCCUUCUCACAAUCGGCUUCUUUCCGAGGAGAGAUUUCGAGAUACAGCAUUCUGUAGUGGUACACUCUCCAAGGUAUGGCAUUGGCUACAACGGCUGGUGUACCUCUCCAAUUCGGGUUCUGAACUUCGGGGACGUAAGAAAGUUGAUUAAUUGGAAAGACGAUGGCUGAGGGGAAUGUAGAACAGAAGCCCUUAAUCCCACCUUCGGACCGUAAGCUUCCAGACUUUAAGAAAUCUGUGAAGCUCAAGUAUGUGAAGCUCGGUUAUCACUACCUCAUCACGCAUGGAAUGUACCUCUUCCUCUCCCCUCUCGUAGUUGUAAUCGCUGCUCAAAUCUCAACAUUCUCUCUCCAAGAUCUUCGCAACCUGUGGGAGCAUCUUCAGUACAAUCUUAUUUCAGUCAUAAUCUGUUCUACCCUCCUUGUUUUUCUGCUAACCCUUUACUUCAUGACUCGGCCACGACCUGUGUACUUGGUCAACUUCUCCUGCUACAAACCCGAGGAUCCCCGAAAAUGCACCAAAAGGAUCUUUAUGGACCGGUCUAAACUGACUGGCUCUUUCACAGAGGAGAAUCUUGAGUUCCAACGCAAGAUUCUAGAACGUUCGGGUCUCGGGGAACAAACUUACUUGCCCGAGGCUGUCCUUAAUGUCCCUCCAAACCCGUGCAUGGAAGAAGCUAGAAAGGAGGCGGAGAUCGUGAUGUUUGGCGCUAUUGACGAGCUUUUGGCCAAGACUAAUGUUAAUCCUAAGGACAUCGGGAUCUUGAUUGUUAACUGCAGUCUCUUUAACCCGACCCCUUCGUUAUCCGCAAUGGUGGUUAAUCAUUACAAGCUCCGUGGCAAUAUACUCAGCUAUAACUUAGGAGGAAUGGGUUGCAGUGCUGGUCUGAUUUCGGUCGAUCUGGCCAAACAUCUUCUCCACACCAUCCCCAACACUUAUGCUCUGGUAAUCAGCAUGGAGAAUAUUACACUCAAUUGGUAUUUCGGGAAUGAUCGGUCGAAGCUUGUCUCAAACUGUCUUUUCAGAAUGGGAGGUGCUGCGAUUCUCCUCUCGAACAAAAGAUCCGAGAGAAGAAGAUCGAAGUAUCAGCUGGUUCAUACAGUUAGGACCCACAAGGGAGCCGAUGAUAAAUGCUUCGGCUGUAUUACACAAGAAGAGGAUUCGACGGGUAAAAUCGGUGUAACCCUCUCUAAAGAACUAAUGGCAGUUGCGGGUGAUGCCCUGAAGACGAAUAUCACCACCCUAGGACCUCUGGUUUUGCCUACAUCCGAGCAGCUUCUGUUCUUCGCAACAUUAGUCGGUCGAAAACUCUUCAAGAUGAAGAUCAAGCCGUACAUCCCGGAUUUCAAACUAGCGUUUGAACAUUUCUGUAUCCACGCGGGAGGAAGAGCCGUUCUUGAUGAAAUAGAGAAGAACCUGCAACUCUCGGAUUGGCACAUGGAGCCAUCGAGAAUGACACUGUACCGGUUUGGAAACACAUCAAGCAGUUCUUUGUGGUAUGAGUUGGCUUAUUCCGAGGCGAAAGGAAGGAUCAAGAAAGGUGACCGGACAUGGCAGAUAGCUUUCGGGUCAGGGUUCAAGUGCAAUAGCGCGGUCUGGAGGGCUCUAACGACAGUGAACCCGAAAACCGAGAAAUCUCCAUGGAUGAAUGAGAUUCAUGAGUUCCCUGUUGAUGUGCCAAAGGUAUCAAGGAUCUAAGAACACUUUUAAAAAAUCUCUGGUUCAUUAUCUUGUUAGUAAUCUCCUUCUAUUUAUUUCCCAUUCUUGGCAUUUUAGACUAUUUUGGGGUAUGUAUUCUUUUAGGGUUUGGGAUGGGAGGUGGUGAGGUUUUUGCAUGAACUCUUUGUAACCUUCUCUUUCUCUUGGUGGGUUCUGUUUUUUUUUU